AUGACGGUUGGUGUCGCAUAGACAUUUUGCUGUUUAACAUCUUUUAUCAAGUUUUUUACAACAAUCUUUUAAACCAUUUUUUAUUUCGAUGAAUCAGCUAAGUGGGAAAUACGUUAACGUAGUACUUUCGGUGCAAGAUGGACGAGGUAUGGAGUUUGUCCGACAUCCCAUUCAUGUUGUAGCAAAUUACAGCGGACGAAUCUUAGAAUCAGACAAAAUGUCACCAGACGAUCCAGCAACGUUCGGUGCUGAGCUCGUAUGGGAAGAGGACAAGAAAGAUUUACGUAAAGUGAGGAGCGCCAAUCAGCCUUUGCGAGUUGAGUGUCUAUCGACAGAUCCUCAAAAUCGUCAAGAUCGGAUUGGGUUCGCUUUGCUCAGCUUGCGAAGCGCUCAAAUUAUUCCGCUCAAAGAUGCGCAAGCUGUUGUUAAUUACAAGUGGCAUAAAUUAAUAGGAUGCCAAACAGACAAAAAGAAGUACCACCCUGAACUUUACUUAGCCCUAUCAAUCCGCGACCAUCUGCUAAAUGAUACUGAAAAACCCCCUCCAAUGAACGACCCAUUAAUAUUAGAAGAGGAACAAAAUGUUGCUAAUGAAUCGACCGAAUGUUCUUCCGCGUUCCCGCUAAGGUACUUGGACGAUGGGUACAUACAUAUAGGAGACGAUGAGGACUACGAAUGUUUCUCACUGAAUAUCCUAGUUAGACAGGCGAAAAAUUUAGAUUCUUUACUUCCAGAAGCCCUAGUUUUUCGGAACACGAAUGAGAAGUUUCACAUGACUUUUAAGAUAUUCGGAGUCGUUAUAAAGACCAAGCCAUUCUAUCAGAACUUUCAUGAUACUUUUGCUUUAAAUGAGAAAGUCGUCGUUAGAAUGCUGGCAAAUCAGGAAACCCUUUUUGAGUUUUUGAAAGAGCAACACAUUGAAAUUACGUUAUUCAAUGGGCAUGAGCUUUUGGGGACAACGGAGGUACGGCUGGGGUCGAUUUCCUUUGACGAGGACAUCGGAAGGUACUUCUUCGAACUACCAGCACCAAAUAGUCUGGUUCCCUUUGGAGGUGAUGAAGAUGUUUCACCCUACCUUGAAGUAACCAAAUGGCUCAAAACCAGCACAGAAUCUAGAUUUAGAUUGGCCCCACAGGACAAAGCGCCCACUAAAGUGGUUCGCUCCAACCUGGAAAAACCCCUGGCUAUUCAGGGUUUUGGCGAUCAAUUGAAGGCCUGUAUUUUGGAUAAGCUCGAAAAGGUUCAUGUGAAAUCCAAAAGCGAGUGCAGCGUUUUGAAUGCCCAUAGCGACAGUUUGGUGAUCACAAAAUCGGCAGAAACGGUGAUAAAAAAUGUGGCUUUAUCACCGCGACAGACAAAAAAGUACGAUGUCAGGGGCACUUAUGUGAAAUACGUGUUGGAAGUUACUCUCCAGAAUUUAGUGUGGAGGACGCCACCUAAGGAGAAAAUUGUGAUUUUUAAAUUUCUACAUCCGCGCGCCUCAAACUAUAUCACUAUUUUUACUCAACUUACCAACCAGGUCGGGGAAAUUGCAGAUCUUAAAAACAUUGGAAUCAAAGUCAGCUACGUUUCGACAGUUCAGCAGAUUGAGAAUAUCUUGAACGCCUGGCCUCCAAAGUUGGUUUUAACCGAUGAAAAAGAAAAGUUGUUGAGCGAAGAGUAUGAAUUCGAUGCUUCCAAGUUCUUUUGCGAUGAAUACCGCCAUUACAGAUACGUUGCAGAUCUUAAAGCUGUGCGCACUUUGCAACCUCUAGCCCGAAUGCAAGUGAUUUUGAAUUUGGAAAAUUGUGAGAUUGGCGACUUUGCUGAAGACACCGAUUUUCACUUAACACCACCAAUAGUAGACGAACUCCUCAGUGUGAUGGAACUGGCCGACAUUGAACGUUGGAAAAAGACCCAAAGAGAAAUAUUUGAAAAAGAGCUAGAGGUUUUCAAGCAAAGUGAAAGCGAGAGAAUGGAAAACAUGUGGAAGGAAAAGAAGAAUGAAAUGGAACAGAAGCUCGAAGGUCAAAUGAACAAAUGCCAAGCUCUACAGCAAGAGCUGCAGCUGAAACUUAACAACAUGAAAACAGAUAAGUAUUUGAUAAGGAGCAAGACGCAGGCGAAUAUAUUUGAGGAAAUUUUCAAUGAAAACUGGCAGAACUAUAGAGAGUCCGAUCCGAAAGACAUUAUAGAAGUUCUUAGCAAAACACAGAGAGACAACGAAUAUCUACGAAAACUCGUAGCCGAUCAGAGGGAAAAGUUGCAAUGUUUCGAAAAAACCACCCUCACUAAAGAGCAGACGGCGAAUCUGCUGCAAGAACUGAAAGGAUUGGAACGAGGCUUUGAGGAAACACAAAAAGCGAAAAAAUUCUUUAAGGAACAAUGGAAAACAGCGUGUGAGGAAAUUCACGAACUCAAAACAGAAGAGUACAAAAAGAUACACCUAAACAUCCGCAAAAGUAAAGAGGAACUAAGCCAUCUAAGUUUGGAUAGUUUUAAUCACUAUGUUGAGGCAAAGUUCGACUUGAAUGAGGAUAAUUUGACCAAUAGAAGCAUACCGAGUGGCAGCAGUUAUUACUAGUACUUGAAAUUUUUGUGAACCCUCAAAAAUCAACAAUAAAAUGGCUUUUUUCUUCCGA